AUGUCAACGAGAGAAGUGUCGGAGACCCCGGCUGAAUGGUUUACUGCGGACCCCAAUGAGCAUUGCCGAUCCGAGAAUAUCUUACAACAAGCCUUCGAGAAUGCGGUAGCGCUCUUCUCCCGCGAUUUGACUCACGAUGAAGCAAAGAGAGAAUGGAUUGCAAAGCGGGCCUCAAUUCACGACGUAAGGAGCAUCGCAGAGCUGGCUCGGACGCGGUAUGAGGAAGCCAAGUGUCGGCGUUUCAAGGUGCAAAAAUGGAUAUUAGAACUACCGGCCCGAAUUAUACAUUACAGCCCUGUUUUGGACACUAUUUCUCAGGCGCACCCAGAAUAUGCGGCUCUUGCUUGGGGUGCGAUGAAAUUUGUGCUCAUGAGCGUUCUUGAGCAUGAAAAUUACUUUUCCCGUAUUGCAAAGCAACUAGGUUUAAUUGGCCAGGCUCUACCUCGCGUUGAGCUCUUCGCGCAGCUGUAUCCAACACCAAUCUUACGCGAAGCGCUGUCCAAUCUCUAUGCUCACAUCAUUCUGUUUCUCCAGAAGGCGGUCAGCUGGUAUUGCAAAAAUGCGAUUGGUUCCUCUCAAAACAGCGGUUCCAAUGUCGCCCGCGAAUAA